AUGCAUACAAAUAACGAAGCUGUCGCUGUUCAUCCUACUUCUCCUAAAAAAUAUUAUGAUGAUGACUUCUACUACGACGACUAUUAUGAUGAUGCUUCUAAUCUUGAUGCUUUACGUAGAACAAAACUCUCUGAAAUUGAUAACGCAGAUUUUCAAUGGUUUCACAUAAGAGCUUGCAUAGUAUCUGGUGUUGGCUUCUUUACCGACGCCUAUGAUUUAUUCGUUAUAAACUUGGUUUCUACCAUGAUAAGCAUUGUCUACUUUGACAAUAAUAUUCCUUCAAUAGUCGAUACGGGGUUAAAAAUAUCUGCUGCAAUAGGGACUCUAAUAGGUCAAUUGGUUUUUGGUUGGUGUGCUGAUCGUUAUGGACGCAAAAAGAUGUAUGGUUUGGAACUUUCUUUAAUGAUUGCUGCCACCCUUGGUUCUGCGCUCUGUGCAAACUCUUUUGCUGUCACUCUUUGGGGUUCACUUAUGUUCUGGAGACUCAUAUUAGGUAUUGGAAUUGGUGGAGAUUAUCCUUUAUCUGCUGUUAUCACAAGUGAGUUUGCUACUAAAAAAAGACGUGGAGCAAUGAUGGCUGCUGUUUUUUCCAUGCAAGGUUUCGGUAUUCUAUCCGCGGCUGUGAUUUCAGUGGUUACUUUGGCUCUUUACAAAGAUCUUAUUGCCCAAAAUCAUCAAUACGUUGAUCAUGUGUGGCGAAUAGUAUUAGGUUUUGGUGCCCUCCCAGGUGUCGUUGCUUUAUACUUUCGUCUCACGAUUCCCGAAACUCCACGUUACACUAUGGAUGUUUUAAAAGAUGUCGAAAAAGCUUCUCGUGACAUUGAUGUUGUAUUAUCGAACAAGGCUAACAAGGACAAAGAAACUCCUGUUAUAUCAAUAGAGAUUCCUCGCGCCACUGUUAAGUAUCAAUCUCUUAAUUAUAUAGGCAUAGGAUUAAAUAAUGCAAUUAUCUUGGAAGCUAUUGGAUUUGCUGAUAGUGCUGAUGUUUAUACCUCUUUAUGGAAUAUGUCUGUUGGAAAUAUUAUCAUUACUAUGUUAGGCACUGUCCCUGGAUAUUGGUUUACCGUCUUUCUAAUAGAUAAAUGGGGUCGUAUAAAAAUCCAAUUAAUGGGUUUUAUAGUUCUCACUAUAUUAUUCUUAAUUUUGGGUGUUGCUUAUAAUCAAAUUUUGAACCUUUCUAUGCCGUUAUUCAUCACAAUAUUCACCUUAUGCCAGCUGUUUCAAAAUUUUGGCCCUAAUGCAACGACUUUCAUUAUACCUGGUGAAAUUUUCCCCACUAGAUACCGUUCAACGGGGCACGGUAUAUCUGCCGCCUCCGGAAAAUUAGGUGCAAUCAUUGCACAAGUUGGUUUCAUCAAUCUCAAAGACAUUGGAGGUAAAAACAUGUUUGUGAAUCGAUUGAUUUUAAUUUUUGCUAUUUUCAUGUUUAUUGGAAUUGGAUCGACAUUGUUGAUACCUGAAACAAUGAAUCUAUCAUUGGAAGAGCUUUCAAAUGAAGAUCAAAUAGGUUUUAUUAAAAAAGCAAAAAUAAAUGAUGAAAAUUCUACCUCUAAAAGUGCCAAUAAUUUAAGUUCUGUAACAUCUAGUUCAGUAUAA